GAGAGACAGAGAGAGAGAGAGACAGAGAGAGAGAGAGAGAGACAGAGAGAGAGAGAGAGAGACCUGGAAAGUGAGCUACUGCUGUCAUCAGAGCUCAGCACAAGCAGAAACUCUGAUACCCAGGAGCAACAGCAGCUGCUGCAGCAGUGAACAGUGAACAGUUGCCUCCGCCCCAUCCCCAAGCUUAAAUCCCACCAGCGCACUCUCACAGUCCUGGUCUUGCUGGCUCUUGUUGUGCUGCUGUGCCACAGGAUGGAAGAUUCCCAGGAAACAUCGCCUUCUUCCAACAACUCUUCGGAGGAGCUCAGCUCUGCCCUGCAUCUGUCGAAGGGAAUGUCUAUCUUCCUCGACAUACUGAGAAGAGCAGACAAAAACGAUGAUGGGAAGUUGUCCUUUGAAGAAUUCAAAGCCUAUUUUGCGGAUGGUGUUCUGAGUGGGGAAGAAUUGCAUGAGCUCUUCCAUACCAUUGAUACACACAAUACCAACAAUCUUGACACAGAAGAACUAUGUGAAUAUUUUUCUCAGCACCUUGGAGAAUAUGAGAAUGUCCUGGCAGCCCUAGAAGACCUAAAUCUUUCCAUCUUAAAGGCGAUGGGCAAAACAAAGAAAGACUACCAAGAGGCCUCCAACUUGCAACAGUUUGUAACUAGGUUUUUGUUGAAGGAGACCUUGAACCAGCUUCAGUCUCUGCAGAAUUCCCUGGAGUGUGCCAUGGAAACCACAGAGGAACAAACUCGCCAAGAGAGGCAAGGCCCAACCAAACCAGAAGUCCUGUCUAUUCCAUGGCCUGGUAAACGAUCCAGUCGCAGAGUCCAGAGACACAGCAGCUUCUCUCCCAACAGCCCUCAGUUUCACACGGGUGGCCCAGGCCUGUUAGAGGAAGACAACCAGUGGAUGACCCAGAUAAACAGACUCCAAAAGCUAAUUGAUCGGCUGGAGAAGAAGGACCUAAAGCUUGAGCCUCAGGAGGAAGAAAUUUAUGAAGGAAAUACUAAAUCACAUAUCCUCCUUGUUCAGCGUCAGAUGUCUGUGGUAGAAGAAGACUUGGAAGAAUUCCACCUGGCUCUGAAACAGUAUGUGGAAAGUGCUUCCUCACAGAGUGGGUGCCUACAUGUUUCUAUUCAGAAACUUUCAAAUGAAUCUCGCUUUAUAGUUUAUGAGUUCUGGGAGAACAGCAGCAUGUGGAAUAGCCAUCUUCAGAUGAAUUACAGCAAGGCAUUCCAAAGGAGCAAUGUGGAUUUCUUGGAAACUCCAGAACUCACGUCUACUAUGCUAGUUCCUGCUUCAUGGUGGGUGCUGAACAACAACUAGAUGCCUUCAUUGUUCCAAGUAAACAAUGAAGUUUACAUUUAACAAGCAUUAUGUACUUAUGUGUGGCUAUUAAUCUACUAUAUAUUUGAAUUCAAUGUUUCCCUUAACAUGUACUUUUUUCUACCUUCCUCACUUGUGUAAAUUUUAGAUAAAAUUUGAUUUUUCUGUUAACUAUUUCCAUGAUAAUUAUGUUGUUUAUAUAUUGUCCUCAAAUACUAUAUGGUUUUCAAAAGUAUGGUACUUUUCCAAGGUAUAGAUAUAAAAAAUUCUUACCAGAAACAAAAUUAUGAAUAUAUUGCAGAUCAUUAAAAGGAAAUUUAAGAGGAAUUAUUUUACUUCUUCAUUGGAUAAACUCUGUUUUGGUCAUACAUUGUCAAAAAUGUUAAAUCUUGUUAUUUGUGAACCUGGAUCCUUUGACUUUCUGUGUGAAUGGUUUAUUCUGUAUUGUACUGAUUUCCUAUUCCUAUCCCAAGGUUACUGGCACCAAAAUGUGUAUACUUUUUCCGUAUUACUUAACUAAGUUAAUACAUAGAGCAUAAAAUAGAUUUUGAUGUAAUAUGUUUGUCAAUUAUCAAAUUAUGAGCCAGGUCUUUCUAAAGUGUAAAUAAACAAUUCCUUGAUAAGUCAGAGUGCCAUUUGGUAAGGAACUUUUUAAGUAAUGUACUAUGGGUACCUCAUGAGUAAUAUGAGUAAUGUUGUUGAUUUAGAGUUAAUGUAGCUUCCAAGAAAGGAGUAUUUGGCACAUUCUAAAUCCUGAUUACAAAUCAGGCACAUUUGGAUCCAGGGAAUAGUUUAUGCUUUAGGAUAAUCUGGCUCAAAAUAAUACUGUGUUUGAUUACAGCAUGUAACUGGUGGGAUAGUAUGCUAAUGUGAAGAAAAAAACACUUUAAAUUUUAGCUGACAUCAAAAUGCUUUAAACAGUGAGUAUUAACUUAAGAAAAUAAACCAAUAAUGUGAAAUACAAAAAAGCUGAGUGAAAUGUAAAGCAUCAGUCAAUGGGGGAACCAUCUACUAUGAUUAUAUAUACUUAACUUCAAAUCUCCUGUCUAUUCCUUAAAAUGUAUAUGCCAUUCUUUGCAAGCUCAUAAACCACAAAUAGCCACUUUUAUAACUAAAACUCAUCACACAGAAAAUUGUUUAAAAAAUUAUAUACCCCUUAUUAGGAUUCUUUUCAAC